UUAUCUUAUCAUCUUGAUAACAAAUAAGCCAAACAUAGUCACCUUAUUGAAUCCUUGAGUUAUAUCUUGCAUUUUUUAAGAUUCUUAAUUUUGGUCGCACAGUCACAGUAUUUUAACUAAUGGCAGAUAUAUUAGACGAAACUGUCGAAGCCGAAGAGUUAAAGAAAUUCGAAAAAAUCUAUCACGAACAAAUUUUUAAAAAUGAUGUUACAUCAAAGGCACAAUUUGAAUAUAGCUGGUGUCUGGUGAGGAGCAAAUAUAAGGCUGACAUAGAAAAAGGCAUCCACCUUCUUGAGGAGCUCUACAGAACUGAUGAGAAAGGACAGAGGGAUUAUCUAUAUUAUCUUGCUGUGGGGAACGCCAGACUCAAAGAAUACUCCAAAGCACUGAGUUAUGUGAAUUUAUUUUUGUCAGUUGAACCAGGUAACCAACAGGUUCAGAGUUUGCAACAAACCAUCAAGAAUAAAAUGAAGGAGGAUGGCCUGAAGGGCAUGGCAAUGGUUGGUGGCGUUGCUUUGGCUGUAGGCACUAUUGUAGGAGUAGGAAUGGCUCUUUCCAAGAAAAAGAAACGCUACUAGUCCUUCUCAUUUAUCUAAAUUUUUCAAUUUGGUAUCUAAUGUCUAAAGUCGAAUUUUACAGGUGACUUUACUCUUUAUGUGCUUAAAUACAUAAUAUAAUUAAUGUUCAUAAAUUUUCCUCCCUAUGUCUAUUAUCUUAUCAUUUAGAUAACAAAUAAAUCAAAGACAAUCACAUUAUUGGA